AUGACAGAGGAUACAUGGCAUCAUGUGCAAUUUGCUAUGCAGACGUAUGCCCUUGGCGCAGCCCUGGGCAUCUUGGUAGCCAUGGAUUACCGGUAUCGUUUGGAAAAGAGCAUGGAUCGAGUCAUGGACUUCGGACUGCCUCGCAUAGGCAAUCCUGUAUUUGCAGACGACGUGGAUAAACGCUUGUACAACAAGGUGUACUACGUUGUCAAUGGACAUGAUUGGGUGCCACAUAUGCCGCCGCGUGAACUAGAUUUGCAGCACCCCUCUGGCCAGAUCUGGAUGAACCCGCCUAAGUCAACACAUUGGGCCUUCUACGCGUGA